GCCCUCGAGUCACAUGCUUGUCCAGCCGCCAGCACUCGCAUGCAACGCACACGUGAGCGUCACCAUCCAAGGGAUUCGAAUGCUAAUCUGUGAACGACGAAUGAUACUUAUAGUUGUGCAAUGCAUUGACCAUAUCUACACACGAGAUAACCAUAACAUCAGCGAGUCUGACGGCCGGGUGCGCUGCGAAGCGAACUUUGCGAUGGUGGAUCACGUUGAUUAGAUAUAUUUUGGCGAUGCGAUAGUACUAUUAUUAUAGAGAGACGCAGUCAUAUUCCAUGGCUAUAGGAUUACGUACACGGUACACGGCAUUAGCUUAUCAAUACGGGUAUCAUCCUCGCUGCUAAACCAUUUGCGUAUGUGCGUAAAAUAUUGUCAACAGUCACACUCGAGUGUAUAAUCCCACGAAAAAAUGUGCUUCAUAUAUGCGAGGACGCCGCUUGUGCUUAUUGUGGUAUUAACCGCAUUACACGGUGAACAUAUAACCAACGUUAAUACUAUGCCCGUGUAUCGAAAGACAGCAGAGCAUCUAUUCGGCGUAGGACACGGAGCUGAAAGGUUUCUAAUCAAUGAACUCAACGCAAAGCGCUACUUGCGGACAUUCCGGCCGUCUGCCCGUCAUGUGUACCAGUCGCUCAGGGCUUACCAAAACGACAACGACCUUCCCGCGACGGGACGUUUCGACCAAAAAACUCAGGAAAGUAUGCACGAGUAUAAGUGUGGGGACAAAGGUAUAAGCAGCACGAGCAAGGACGAAUUCGACGACUACGACUAUAUCGACGACUACCAGCUUAGAUUUAAACGAGAGAUCAACGAAUACAGCGAUAACGUCACUUAUAGUAACAACUCAACAGUCGAUGAAGCCAAUCUCGAGCAAGAAAUCGGAAAGAGCAAGAGAGCAGCGGAUCCUUAUGACAACAGUCGAUGGUGGUUUAUAUGUGAUUUGUUGUGGGAAACGAAAAACCAGGAGGAUACUCAACAUACCGUUAGCUACUUGGAAACAAGAGCUUUGUUCAGAUCAGCAUUGCGGACUUGGCUGCGCGCAGUGAAUUACAAUAGGCGUAAGAGUAUUCUCACGAUAACGGAGAACAGAAACUCGGGGAGGAAGGCAGAUGUUAGCAUCAGCUUCAAGCAGAGAAUUCAUGGCGAUGGGAAUCCAUUUGAUGGGAAAGGAAAGGUGCUCGCGCACGCCUUUCUGCCAUUUAUCAGUGGUAAAUGGGAUGGCGAGCUUCAUUUAGACAACGAAGAGGACUGGGACUUGCAAACAUUAGAAGGUCGACUUAUGAGCUAUGUGAUUCUGCAUGAGACCGGCCAUCUGUUUGGACUAAAGCAUUCUAAAGACUUCAACGCAGUUAUGUAUCCAUACAUCGGCAGAAGACACGCCGGAUUGAGGAGCUUACGGAACGACGAUAUACAGAAGAUACGGGAUAAAUAUCCUAUUCGAUGGUGUGAUAACCCGGACCGAGUUCCAUUCGCUCCGAGAUAUCAGGACCGGUUACGAAUCAACAGAGGCUACUACCGAAAGAAAUGAUAUGCGAAAAUAUUUUAAAUAAAAGUUCAUUUAAUCGCACCUUUAAAUCGAUAGAAAACGCACAACUCGUUCUCAUUAUAAAGGGCCAGAAAGAUUUGUUCACCCGAGCUAUUUACGUGCUGACCGCCUGUGUUUGGAAGCAUAAUAUUAAGAUGUUAUAAAUUAUCUAAUUAACUACGUGUUAUUUUACUGUGUAUAGUGUAUGGAAUAUAUUAUAUAAAUGUAACGUGUUUUCCUAAUUGCAAAUACGUACGCCGCUAAACUGUUUGUAGCAUACGUUAUUAUAUUUAUUUAACUUAAUUAUAACCUAUGCGUAUUUACCUGUACGCCAUAUCGUGCUUGACAAUUUUAUUAGCGGUAGUGAUAGAAUUUAGGUAUUAAUAAACGUGUUAUUAAUUAAUAAAUAAUUUUGCUAAAAAUUGCAAUGUUUAAAUUUUUAUAUGCUAUGAUGAAACCAAGAGAUUACAGACUAGGCGAUUUUACUCUUAUAUAUACAAACAUAAUAUACAAUCUGUAGUCAAUACGGC